AUGGACUUCUCAAGCAAAGUAAUUUUAAUAACAGGAGCUAGUGGCGGUAUAGGUGCGUCAUGUGCUCUAAGGUUCGCCAGUCUAGGUGCCGAUUUGGCUCUGGUCGGCAGGAACAGUGAAAACUUAGAAAAUAUAGCUGGAAAAUGCGAAGAAACAAAAGGUUUGAGGCCUCUUACAAUAAUAGCGGACGUCAGUAUAGAUGAAGACGUUGAGCGGAUAGUUCAAGAAACGAUAGACCGAUAUGGCAAGAUCGAUGUUCUAGUAAAUAACGCAGGCUUCUUAAUUAUGUCCGGCUUGAGUGGUGAUAUUGAGAACUUCGAUAAAAUGAUGGCGACCAACAUACGCGGGACUUAUCUACUGACGCAGAAGACAGUUCCAUACUUACUAGAGACGAAGGGGAACAUAGUAAAUAUAUCUAGCAUAGUAUCAAUCAAGCCGGUUCCAGCUAUGUUAGGUUAUUCAAUGACCAAAGCAGCUAUGGAUAUCUUUACAAAAUGUAUCGCUCUGGAGCUAGGACCUAAAGGAGUGAGGGCGAAUAUGGUCAAUCCUGGACCGGUGGACACUAAUCUGUUCACAGCGAACUCUCUCACUCCAGAACAAAAUAAUCAAUAUCUAUCAAAAGUGUCGGAAGCCAUUCCUUUGAGGAAAGUGUCAAAAGGUGAGGAUGUAGCGAAGCUGGUAUCGUUUCUGGCGAGCGACGAUGCUAGCUGUAUUACAGGGACCAACAAUAUUAUCGAUUGUGGACUUAUAUUGGGAGAAACAUUCUUUUAA